GACGGGAGACGCAUGUUAAUGACGUCAGUAUGCAGCGUCAGAGUGCAGCAGUGUGCAGCGGCGCUGCUUUGUAGUCCAUCUGAAGAUGGAGGAUGGAUGAGAUGAGAUGAAUCUCUGAAGAUGGACUACAAAGAAGCGCAUCUUAGCAUGGUUUGUUACAUUGCGGAGUCAUGCAUAUGAUAUAAAACAACCCGGUUCAAAGUAUUACUUUAUUAACAAUGUUGUAACAUAAAUGGGUUAUACUAGGGGUUACUUACACGAUCGCCGUUUCUCGGUCAUGAUCGUUAUUUCUCGUGGACGGGGGAUGUUACGUAGCUUGUGAAAGUGGAGUCGUAUUCCUGUAUUCUUUAAAUACCGCAGUUUUCUUUUCCUAAAUCUUCGUGGAUUCCCUUAACCAUCUUCCAUUGACCCCAUUACGUUUUCCACAGAGGUCAAAGAAUAGUGGUUAGGAAUAGUCGUUAAGAGGUAAUUUCUUUAACAAUUUGAAUUCCGCCGUAUUUUCGCCGCUGCAGACUGACGUCACUGACAUGCGUCUCCCGUCGCAUCGUACUUACGUCCAGUCCAUAUGAGAGUAAAAGCAGAGCUGCAGUCCAGACGAGUCUCUCUAAAGAAACAACUGAAUCCAGCAGCUUUUCAUCAACAACACAACAGGAUCUCUGACAAACUCUGAGUGUCGAUAUGUCUGCUGCCAGCUGUCUGCUGACUGAGGAUCAGUUCCUGUGCUCCAUCUGUCUGGACGUGUUCACUCAUCCAGUCACCAUACCAUGUGGACACAACUUCUGUAAAGCCUGCAUCACUGACCACUGGAACGUUAAUGCCCCGUCUAACUGUCCCAACUGUAAAAAGGUUUUCUACACCAGACCUGAGCUGCAGGUCAACACGUUCAUCUCUGAGAUGGCUGCUCAGUUCAGACUGUCAGCUCAACAGAAAGCCAGCAGCAGCAGCUCAGAGCAACAAGCUGCCCAACCAGGAGAAGUUCCCUGUGACGUCUGCACUGGAACCAAGGUGAAGGCCCUCAAGUCCUGCCUGGUGUGUCUGGUCUCCUACUGUGAGGCUCACCUGGAGCCUCAUCUGACUACGUCAGGUCUGAAGAAACAUCACCUGAUGGACCCUGUGGAGAAUCUGGAAGGCUGGAUGUGUACGAAGCACGAUAAACUGCUGGAGCUGUUCUGUAAGACCGACCAGAUGUGUGUCUGCAUGCUCUGCACUGUUGCAGACCACAAGAACCACGAUGUUGUUCCUCUGAGAGAAGAAUAUGAAGGAAAGAAGGCCGAGCUCGGGAAGACUGAGGCUGAAGUCCAGCAGAUGAUCCAGAAGAGACGACUGAAGAUUCAGGAGAUCAAACACUCAGUGGAGCUCAGUGAGGAAGCAGCAGACAAAGAGGUAGUAGAAGGUGUCCUGGUCUUCAGCGCUCUGAAGGAGUCUGUUGAGAGAAGCCAGGCGGAGCUCAUCGACACCAUCAAAGAGAAGCAGAGAAAGACCCAGAAACAGGCUGAAGGCUUCAUCAAAGAGCUGGAACAGGAGAUCUCUGAGCUGAAGAAGAGAAGCACUGAGGUGGAGCAGCUCUCAUGCUCUGAAGACCACCUCCACCUCCUCCAGAGCUUCAGGACCCUGAACACUGCUCCACCCACCAAGGACUGGACAGGAGUCAGAGUCAGUGCACCUUCAUAUGAGGGGACUGUGGUGAGAGCUGUGCAUCAGCUGGAGAAGAAGCUCAGUAAACAGAUGAAGCUGCUGGAGCUGAAGAGAGUCCAGCAGUCUGCAGUAGAUGUGACACUUGAUCCUGAUACAGCACAUCCUAAACUCAUCCUGUCUGAUGAUGGAAAACAAGUUAAACAUGGAGAUGAAAAGAAGAAUCUUCCAGACAAUCCAGAGAGAUUUAAUUUUUGUUUUAUUGUCUUAGGAAAGCAGAGUUUCUCUUCAGGUAGAUUUUACUACGAGGUUCAGGUUAAAGGGAAGACUGACUGGGAUUUAGGAGUGGUGAGAGAGUCCAUUGAUAGGAAGGGAUUCAUCUCUCUGACACGGAAUGAUUACUGGACGAUAUGUUUGAGAAAUCAGAAUAUGUACAAAGCUUUUGCUGACCCUCCAGUCUGUUUCUCUCUUAAGUCCUGGCCUGAGAAGGUGGGGGUGUUUGUGGAUUAUGAGGAGGGUUUGGUCUCCUUUUAUGACGUUGGUGCUGCAGCUCUGAUCUACUCCUUUACUGACUGCUGCUUCACUGAGAAACUCUACCCAUACUUUAGUCCAUUUAUUAAUAAUAAUCGUAAAAACUCUGCUCCUCUGAUCAUCUCUCCUGUCAAUCACUGAGUAGAACAAACAUCUGGUUUUCUAUUUAAUAAAUAAUGUCUCCAGUUGUUCCUUAAACCUCCCUUUCCUGGGCCACACCUACCAGCUCUUACUGGGGGAUCCCAAGGCUUUCCCAGGCGAGUGUUGAGAAAUAAUCUCCGAGCUCCUCACUGGUGACUGAGCUUCUCACCCUAAGGGAGACGGCAGCCGACCUCCUGAGGAAAACCAUUUUGGCCGCUUGUACCCGUCACCUAGUUCUUUCGGUCAUGACCCAUUAUUGAUUAGGUUACAGACCAUAGGUGAGGGUAGGAACGAAGAUCGACGGUUAGAUCGUUGUGCGAGUGCAAUACCUCCCGCUGAUCUGAUCUUCCUGCCAAACUCACACUCCAUCCUCCUUUAACUUGAGAACAAGACCCUAAGGUACUUUAACUCCUUCACUUGAGGUAAGGACUCAUUCUCUACCCGGAGUAGGCAAUCCUUCGAUUACCUGCUACCUACCUGAACAACACUGGCCUCAGAUUUAGAGGUGCUAAUCCUCAUCCCGACAAUCAGAUCAGCAGCACCCUGAAUUGUAAACCCUCCUUCCCCAGACUACGCCUCGAUAUCCUGUCCAUGAAAACCACAAACAGGAUUGGUAACAAGGCGCAGCCCUGGCGAAGGCCAACCCCCACCGAAAAUGCCUCCGCCUUACUGCCGAGCACCCAAACACUGCUCUGGCUUUGGGUGUGCAGGGAUUGGAUGGCCCCAAGAAGAGACCCCCUCCCCCUUACUCCAGCAGCACCACCACAGUAUCUCUAGGGCCCCGGUCUUCUUCAGGGACCUCACAAAACACAAGUAGACCGGAUGAGCAUACUCCUAGGCCCCCUCCAUGAUCCUUGCAAGAGUGAAGAGCUGGUCUGUUGUUCCAUGACCAGGACAAAAUCUGCAUUGUUCCUUUCCAGCACCUUCAAGUAGACUUUACCAGGGAGGCUGAGCAGUGUGAUACCCCUGCAAUUGGCACACUCUGGUCCCCCCUUUUGAAGAGAGGUACCCCUCAACACCCAUUUCCCUCAGCAUCUCUGGACGGAUAUCAUCAAUCCCCGGGGCUUUGCUACUGCGGAGGUGUUUGACAACCUCAGUGACUUCCCCCAGGCAAAAUUAAAUAAUAUAUUCAAUCUAUAUUUUUAUUGAUUUUAUUACUCAUUCCACCACUUCAAGGAGUAAUGACCAAAAACCAAUCCUGCUGCUCGUACACGCGUUUCAAUUCUGAACUCUUCUUCAGGAGUAGAAAUGUUACAAAUGACAAAGCUGGGUUCAGUGUUCAAGGUUUAUUGUGGAGAUGAUGUCUUUGCACCAUAAUGUUCUCAUCAUCCGUUGGGGGGAAGGAAAGCGUGCGUUCACACUACCAUGUCUUUUCCUACCGGCUAACAUUGGUACAGCCGGUUCAGUCGGCUGAUGUCGUUCUUGCUCAUCUGGUCGGCCGUGCCAAAUUCGAUGUUGGGGUCGGGGAUGGGAACCAUGGUGGGCUUAUUGUUCCCGGAGAAGGCAUACCUGCAAUUUAUCAAGAGUUCUAUUAUUCUUUGUUUGGAUAAACAAAUGAGGAGAAAUCAUUGCUAUUUAAAUAUUGUGUAGAGGGUUUAUUUGCUCAUAUUUCAAAUAUUAAAACAAUAACCGUUUUUAUGUGUGGUUAGUGUGACUAAAUCUGUGAUUUUGUUGGACAAGAGUAAUACAUUCUAAAUAUUUAUAACAAGAAUAUUAUAUAUUACUCUGGCUGAAUUUUUUCCUGUGCCCAUGUGAGUUUUUGGGGAAUUGAAUUUGAUUGAAUUAAAUUGAAAAGGUAAGACUUAUUCUAACCUUUCUAAUAUAUAUUUUGGAGAGUUCAAAGACUAAAAUAAAGAUCACGCUAUACUCAGUAUAAAACAUAAGGGAACAAAUCUCAAUGUACAAACAAUUAACAAUCCAUCAAUCCCCAUCACUUUCAAUGAACGGAGGUGAUAUGAGUGGUUGCCUUAACUACCUGUGGUACUGCAUGACAGAGUUGUAGUCGUAGGGGGUGUUCAGGUUGAGCGUGCUGAUCUUGUCGAAGGCGUACGCCCAACCUGAGAGGACAGAAACCAGAACAGGGGUGACAAAAGAGAGAAUGCCUUUAUACGAUAGUUAGUAUUUUAGUAAAAGAUCAAAGGGCUGAUUGCAAAAGGCAAUAAUUUGGUGUGAUUUCAAUUGAUUCCCAAGGAAAUUAUUGGAAAUCACCGAUUUCCAUAGAAACAAUAGCAAGCUGACCUUUGAGGGGCCGGAAGAUGGAGGAGCUAUCCAUUAUUUUAUAGAUCUUUUGAAUAAGCUCUCGUUAGCACCCGUGCUAAGCUAACUAGCCUCACUUUCCCAUUUCUGUGACUGUUUUAUUGAACAAAAUUCUGCAUGGGGGUCCAACACCAGAACUGUACAGAGAAUCUUCUUCUUUCCUAAUCUUUGUCACUUUCUUUAUUAGAAAUGACUGAAAUAACAGUCAAUCCGAUGUCACUUUUGAUAAUUAAGUGGGGGAUUAUUUUAGGUUUAAGAUGUUUCUUUAGAUUCUUUAGAAGAUUUAGAACAUAAUUAGGGGAAUCGAAUAAACAAUUUCUUCUUCCGGCCUCUCAAAAUGUAAUUUUCUUUUUUCAUGUGGGACUGUUAGAGUAACAUUCUUGUAAUGUGGACGUCACAGACCCGUCCCGAUGUUCUCCCACAGGAUCCGGAUGUGCUGGUCCCUGUCGGAGCGGCACUGCUCGUGGUUGAAGCCGAGGGCGUGGAGGAGCUCGUGCUGCACGGUGCUGUGGUAGAGGCAGCCCUGGCGGUCCAGAGACACCGUCUGGGAGUAACCACGGCGACCCACGUAGGAGUAACACCUGCACCCAAAAACACACAGGGGAAGAGCAGCAUGGCUCCGUUGUUCAUUCAUUCUCCAAAUUGCAACUAAAAGCUCAGGUAGUCCCUCUGGCUGGUGCGCUGGACAAAGUGAAUGCAGGAGACAUCGUGGAAGGAGAACAGGCCUCGCUCGAUGAUGGAGCGCUCACGAGAAGCUGGCGAGACACGAGGAGAAGACUUUCACUUACUCGCACAUAUCCGUCGUAAAAGAGCCACCUGUGUUUGAUCAUGGUCAUGUUACAUGGGACCGCGGGGGCGCUGUGAAGCUAACCCUGACCACAUUGUUCAUGGUUUCCAGACUAUUCUUAGAGGACAAAGAGGAGGCCGCGGUGAGGACGUGUCCAGUUGGACUGCAAAGGCUCCCUUUUGUUUCCGUAAACUAGAAAUAAUAAUUGGACUUUGUUCAUUGGUUUGGAGCCGUUUAAGAAUCUUGAUUUCGGCGAUUUAGCUGUCAGCAUGUUUUUUGGAGCAAUUUAAAGCAAGUUGAGACAACAUCAAUCACAUUAAGCCCAAACCGAAAGGAAUCCCUGCUUUAUGGUCUGUUUGAUUCUACAUGGACCAUAAUUCACCAAAUGAACAUCAUGCUGUAUUGAAGACGACUUGAAACUAGAGAUUAGACCAUCAACUCAUUUUUACAAUGUUUACUGAGGGAACAAAUCAAGAGAGAAGUAAUUUUCUCAUAGACGUCUAUGGGACCAGAGGAGUCGGCCCCUGCUGAUCCGUACAGAGGAUGAAGCUUUAGGUGUGAGGCACUUACACGCAGACUGCAGCAGAUAGUUGAGGUUACACGCUGUAGAACACACUAUUUACCAAAUAAAUGAAAAUGCUGCUUAAUGGAAAAUGGAGUCGUAAUAAUAUACAUGUGAUCCCUUUUUCUAAAUUGUAAUUGUUUUGUAGAGAAAGAACCUGAGAUCCAACGAUAAAAACUACAACACUGA